AUGACCAAAGACGCCGCCCCCAAAGAGACCGCAGGACCGAACACCCCGCCUCAUUUUGCAUCAAUCUUCGAUUCCGAAGACCCCGAGGAUCGGAUACGAGCAUGGAUGAGCCUCGAGAAGAAUGAGAACGGCCAGCUCAAGUCCGGUAAUUGGAUGCGCGAGAUCAUGCCUCACGUCACCCUUCUCUCCAUCAACUCCCAAGGACCUCACCCCUCAGCGACCUUCUCUUUCACUGUCCAGCCGGACCAUUGCAACAGGGCAAACAACCUCCACGGCGGCUGCGCGGCUACCCUCUUCGACUUCCUCACCACCCUGCCCCUGGCUCUCAUCAACGACAGGCCGGGCUACUGGCAGUAUCUAGGCGUCUCCCGCACCCUGCAAUGCAGCUACGUCCGCCCGGCCCCCUGUGGCGAGGAGUGCAUUGUCGAGUGUGAGAUCGUUGCCAUCGGCCGCACACUUUGCCAGUUGAAGGGUGUCCUGCGCCGGAAGAGCGAUGGUGCCAUCUUCACGACGUGCGAGCAUCACAAGUUCAAUGUCGACCCGCAGCCGAGCAAGCUGUGA